UUAAUUGUUUUGUUGACUCGUUCAGUUGAACUUGCGAGAAUCAUUUUUUUUUUGUUUUCAUCUUUUUUUCGUCUCUCCUUUUCCUCAUCUUCGUCGUUUUUUUGACCAUUUUUCUUCAACUGCAAUUAAUUUCAAUAGAUUAUUAUUAUUAUUAUCGUUGAUUAUCAUUAAAUUUUCCUAUGGAACUUGCUUAUUAUACCAUGUUACCUGAAACACCUUCACCAACUUUCAGUGAAAAUUGUUCUUAUGAAAGUGUAAACAACCAUCACAAUAAUCAUAAUCACGGUCUUAAUAAUAAUAAUAAUAAUAAUAAUUCUAACAAUAAUAUUAGUUGUAAUUCCAAUAAUAUUAAUGAUGAAUCAUAUGAUUUUAAUCAACAACAGGAUCGUCGUGAUCUCGUUCAAGGCCAUUCUAGUGGAAAUUUAGGACCCAUUGCCUCCGAUUUUCAACCACCUUAUUUUCCACCACCAUACAAUUUACCACAUCAUCAACAAUUGGAAUUCCAUACAACUGCAGCUGAACCAUAUCCUCAUUUAAAUUCAUUUGCACAUGGACCACAGCAAUAUCAUCAGCUUCAUCCAGUUACAGCUCAAUCAUCAAGCUAUGGUGACACCAACUUAGCCGCAAGGCGAAAUGAAUUUGCAUACGUCAAUGUCAGACGUCCAGAGAUACUCCAUCACAAUAAUAAUCGUAUCGAUAAUGUAAAUGACAUAGGUGACCAAGAAUUAUUAAAUUGUGGUCCACCACAAUCAAUAGACAAUGGAUUGGGAUCCAAUGCAGAACAGGAUAAUCACAAUAUGUUUCCCGGGGGCCAUAAUAGUGUCAUCAGAAAAUGUUUCACCAAUGGUGCAAAACGAAACAGUGAUAAUAAAGAAAUGGUCAUAACAGGAAUCACCGCACCAACUGAUGUUUUCUGCUCUGUGCCUGGAAGAUUAUCCUUGCUCAGUUCAACAUCCAAGUACAAAGUAACUGUUGGAGAGGUUCAACGUCGACUUUCCCCGCCCGAAUGUUUGAAUGCAUCAUUAUUAGGAGGUGUUCUAAGACGAGCUAAAUCAAAAAACGGUGGCCGAUCUUUGAGAGAAAAAUUGGAAAACAUUGGUUUAAAUUUACCCGCUGGUCGUCGGAAAGCUGCCAAUGUAACAUUACUUACCUCACUAGUGGAAGGUGAGGCUUUACAUUUAGCUCGUGAUUUUGGUUAUGUAUGUGAAACUGAAUUCCCUUCAAGACAAGUUGCCGAAUACCUUCAUCGUAACCAUUCAGAUCCAGCUGAUCUAUACCGCCGAAAGGAACUUAUAUUGGCCACCAAACAAAUAGUUAAAGAAUUUGUUGAUCUUUUAAAUCAAGAUCGAUCACCAUUGUGUAAUAAUAGACAGCCCAUUCUCUUGGAACCCAAUAUACAAAGAAAUUUAACUCACUUCUCCCUUAUAACCCAUGGUUUUGGUAGUCCAGCAAUAGCCGCGGCUCUUACCUCAGUUCAAAAUUUUCUGAAUGAAUCAAUUAAAUACCUCGAAAAGCAGUUGGCAAAUUAUCAAAAUACAAGUGGACCUGGACACUCAAUUAAUUCUAACGCUGUUCCCGAUACAAAGAAAGAAAAGUGAUGAAUAUACAUAAAAGCAUUUCAUCUCUCUCAUCAUCAUUAUCAUCUCUCACUCUCACACACACACUCUCUCUCUAUUUCUCUGUCUAUCUAUCUGUCUAUCUUUCUUCUUUUCAUCAUUAUCAUCUCUCUCUAUCUUCUUCUCUCUUUCUCUUUACCUAUCUAUCUAUCUUCUUUUCAUCGACAUCAAUUAAUAUAUUAAAUGUGGAUUAAAUUACAUUUCUCUGAUAAUUUAACCUGAUAGUUUGAUCAUUAUGAUGAUAAUUAUGAUCCAUUAAAACAAUAAUCUCAUUUCAAUGAUACAUCAA